UGAUACCCCAAACUUAGAAAGAUAUCUGUGAUAUCGAGUGUCGUUACAUUAUUCCCCCAGAUCGCUCCAAUCCUCGCAAGCCUUAGUAACAUCAACCUGUCGAGUCACUGGUCUACAUCAUCAUGGCUGGUAAUCAGGCGCUCAACGUGAACAGCGUCGUGGCUACACACGGCGACCUCGCCAUCUCCGUGCGAGGCUCAGAUUGGUACUUCACCGUCUGUGCCAUCAUGGGUGCCUCCACCCUCGCCUUCAUGGGCCUCGCCUUCACCAAGCCGCAGACUCACCGCCUGUUCCACUACAUCACUGCCGGGAUCACUGCUGUCGCCUGCAUUGCCUACUGGUCCAUGGCCUCUGACCUUGGCCAAGCCCCCAUCCAGGCCGAGUUCGUCAGGCCGGGCCGGGCCGCCGUCGCUGCCGCCGGAACCCGAGAGAUGUUCUAUGUCCGGUACAUUGACUGGUUCGUCACCACACCGCUGCUGCUCACGGAUCUUCUCCUGACGGCCGGACUCCCCUGGCCCACCAUCCUGAUCACCGUUCUCGCGGACGAGAUCAUGAUCGUCUGUGGAUUGGUUGGCGCCCUGACCCAGACCACCUACAAGUGGGGAUACUUCGCCUUCGGCACAGCCGCCCUCUUCUUCGUUGCCUACGAGCUUGCCAUUGACGGCCGUCGCCACGCCAACGCCCUGGGAGGCUCCGUCAAGAGCACCUUCAUGCAGUGUGGCGUCCUGACCCUCUUCCUGUGGUUCCUCUACCCGAUCGCCUGGGGCCUGUCCGAGGGCGGCAAUGUCAUCCACCCUGACUCCGAGGCCAUCUUCUACGGCAUCCUGGACAUCUUUGCCAAGCCCGUCUUUGGCUUCCUGCUCAUAUUUGGCCACAACAAGAUUGACCCCGCUCAACUUGGACUUGCUAUGCAUGAGCCCGGGCAGCACAGGAGCGAGAAGGGCAUUGUGCACCCUGAGGGUCCCGCCACUGGCAACAACGGCACCACUGCCGCCUAAAAGGCUCCAAAGCUCUGGUUUUCGAACCAAACUAUUUGGAGACGGUGAGGGAAUCGGGGAACGUGCAGGGGCAGAUAGUGAGGGGGGCGCUGUUUACAGCAGCGGCGC